CUCAAUUACUGGAGCUUGUACAGGCUCAUAGCUAUCAUUCGCGCUGAACAUGUCGACACAUUCGACCUUCUCCCUGUUAAAAUAUACAUACCUCCAAGAGGGACCAAUUGCGAUUAUAACCCCGCAAAAGACCCUCAAAUGGUCGAAUACUCAAGGUCCUUCACUCACACUUACCCUGGAGCUCUCUCAAGAUGGAAAGAGUCUUCGGAUAAGGGUCGAUGACAAUGGUGACGCCAGGCUGCUCGGUUCUGUCAAUCAACUGUCAGCUCAGGCUUUGACAUCGAACAAGGCUCAACAGAAGAUCGUACAAAAUGGUACUAACCUUUUAGUGCGAUUCCCAAUUGACAAGACCAGAGACGGGAUGAAUCAGCUUGGCGAGAGGUUCCAGAUUCGACUUGCAUCAUUGACAGACAUCUCUCAAAUUCUGUCUGUCUCACAGAAGUUCUUCCACAUCACAUCGAGAGGGAAUGGAAACUCAGAGAGCCAGAGCUUGACGCCCAAAAGCCAAAGCGAGUCCAUGGUCUUCACUCAAGCCAUCCCUCUUUCUCAUCUUCGUGGACCUCAAGUACUCCGGCCUGCCUCACGGGCGUCUGGCAUCGAGUUGCCCAUGGCGGACAGCUAUCCUGCUGCCGCCGAGACAUCAACGAAGGUUACAAAAGUGGAUGGGGAAUCGUCAAACACUGGGACGAUCCAAGGUAGCAAGAGAAAGAAUGCAGAGGACGAUUUCACCGAGGCCCUUAAACGUCAAUUGCUGCGAAACUACCUCCCUCCAAGCGGUAACGCGAAGAUCUCCCGGCUGGAUCGGGCCGUUCAAGCCCAUCAAGACGCAGCAUCGAGCAACGAAGAACAGCUCGAGGGAAGCUAUCGUUCACCUCCAGAAGAUAUCGCUACGCAACAUGAGGAUAGGAUCACGAACGAGUCUAGGACGGCUGGGAUCCGUGAGAGCGAUCAUAGCUCCCAUAGUCCGGAUCAACCUACGCAAGCCAGCUUGAUCGAUCUUCUUGACCCGAUCGAGAGUCCUGGAGGAUCAUCCGGCGUCACCGACAUGGCCAACAACCGAAAGAUCCAUGAAUCGAAUCCCUGUACUGACAAAGAUCUCAUCGAUCUCGACUGUCCUUGGAAUAGUCUGCGUGAUCUGGAUUAUGUGUGGAAGCCCUUGCAGGUCGACAUAUUGAGCACCUCAACUCUGCACGCAGAUCCCAUGACGACUACCGGGGCUGUGGAGCAGACCACACGUACCUCUCCUGUCUACUCAUAUCCUAAUCGUCCUCCUAUAGACCCCUAUACUCAACGUCGAUUGCCCGAUUUCAACCACGCGAGCCAUACAACGCUGACGCGAGAAGAUGUUCGGAGUGAGCUGCGAAAAUACAUGAUGGAAGAAGACUUCAGGAAGGAUGUAAAGCUGUUAGCUCAUCUGAUACGUGAAGAAACGAAGACGUGUCUCGAGGAGCACUAUCGACAUGCCUCCUCCUCUUGGUGGCGCUCCUCACCUGUCUACGACGAGCCUUGUCAUCCCGUUACUAAUGACCUAAACAUCUCUGCGUUCACCGCCGCGCAGCCCAAUCGCCACUUGUAUGCCGAAUGCCAUGGUUCGCACCAGCAUCUCCGAGCACCCCGUCCACCGCACCGACAGCGCAGUCCGGAUCAAUGCCUGGCUGGGAAGGCUCAUCAGAUGGAUUCACUGGCUCCUCACGAUAGAGAGACCAGAUCAGGCGCCGAACCCGACUACACCCAGGCAUCGACCACUAUUCCAGCAAGCACCCCAGUUCAAGAAGACUAUUCCGUGACUGACGACGAGUUCGAAGCGCUCAUGGCGACGACGUGGAAGGACUGACGAUCAGAGAUGACGACUUACGAAAAAUUAGACGAC